AAUCACAACAAAUUGGGACAAACCCACCAGGAAUUGUACCAUCUACAGGGGGGUGUAUGUGUGUCACCUCUGUUCAGGGUUUCGAUUUGAUUGAAAUGUAUUAUCAGUUCCGGUGUCAGCCGCCGGUUCCCAAUCUUGGUGUCUUGGUACACUGUGACGACAGGGGACAGUCACACACAACCUGCCAUCUGAAUCAACACACGGUGCUAUUUGAAUAUCUCGGCGAUAACACGUAUACAGCCCCGCACCUAGAUAUCCGAUAACGAGCGAUUGUUUUUUGCGUUAUCUCCAAAGCUUUCUAUGUAGUUUAACGCUAGGUGCAGACUUCCUGCUCAGUGCCGGUUCGUACACGCAAACGACCGGUUGUGAUUGAUUACCGGCAACAAACGGUUAAAAUGUGUGGUAUACUUCGGUGUUGUUGCGAUUGCACCAAGCGUAUUGCUUGCUGCUGCUGUACCUGCGCACUGCAGACGAUCUGCUGCAUGGUGUUUGUGGUAGUUAUCAUCUGCUUGGCGAUCGGAUUGGGCGUCUACUUUGGCAUCUUCCACAACCGAGAUUCGGACUCCGAUACGACCACGCCACGAAGUCUCAUACUAAACGCACUGAUGCCGGACGGCUUCCACGAGGAAAAGGAAUCCACCUGGGUGUAUUGAUGAGAGAGUCGCCCCACAAUGCAUCCACUAUGAACGCUGUGAUAUGUGAUUAGACUUAGGCAGGAACCAAGGAAAAUAGUGUUGCGGCCUCAAGUGUGAGUGUGUGUGUUUUCGUUCCAAAAUUUCCCGUUUAAUAAAUCGAGGUGCACUCACCAAUGCUCACCAAAAGCAAAGAAGAACAACA